AAUCUCCUCGCCGAGCUGCGAGCGCUGAAAGAGGCUAACCAGCGGCUAAGCGAUGACAACCAGGAGCUGCGCGAUCUGUGCUGCUUCCUGGACGACGACCGGCAGAAGGGACGCAAGUUGGCACGCGAAUGGCAACGAUUCGGCCGGUACACGGCCAGUGUGAUGCGGCAGGAGGUUUCCGCUUAUCAGACAAAACUGCGGCAGCUGGACGACAAGCAGCAGGAGCUGAUUCGGGACAAUCUGGAGCUGAAGGAGUUGUGUCUGUAUUUGGACGAGGAACGAUCGAACACCAAUCGGCCGGCAGCGGUUUGCGGAAACUGUGGAGCGGCCCCCGGUAGUACGACCAGUGCGAAUGCUGUUCCCCUCCGGGACGACGGAGAUGGAAGCAGCUCGAGCACGAACGCUGAUGAGAAUAUCCACCAGAUAGGAGGAGGGCAGUUCGGCAGGAAUGGAUUAACGGAACUCAACCUCCGCUCCGCCCUAAGCGACCAAACCCUGCAGUACGUCCGAUCGCUUGAAUCCCGAAUACGACAGCUGGAAGAGGAACGAUGCGCCAUCCUGAAAAACGUCCAACCAAUCGGACCCACCAACGGAACAGGACCCCCAGUAUCGAAUAACAACUCCACCAACAAUCAGCCGCCACCUCCAUCGUCCAUUGCUGAUCCCAUAUCGGGCCGACCGGAAGCAGUGGUGCGAGCCCUUCAGGUCCUGGAGGUCCGAGAACAACUCGAAAGGGAACGAAUUGGACCGAACAUCACGUCCGAUCUUCAACUGGACGACGGUGAAAAAGCACUGGUACGCGAGAUGUGCAACGUCGUGUGGCGAAAGUUGGAGGAUGCUCCGAAUACUGGAAUCGAUCAACACGUUUGACAGGUGGUUCCCUUGGGUCGAAUGUGGUGUGCUUGAAAUUUUCGGUGGGACAUUUAAAGCUGUGCUUGAUGAUUUCAGGAUAUAAGUGAAAGCAAUUGAAAUACUACGGAGGUUACAGAACAAUCUUCUCACUUGAUCCAUAAAAACCAUCACAGGCUUCUGCUAUAAGCGUAACUCCUGAUUUCCUGCGAACCGCAGUUUCCCUAUCUGGAGUUUCAAAAUCCAGCUGAAUUAGCAUGACACGGCGCAAUAGCUAGAUAGAAACACACCCAGAGCACAUGGAGGCUUCCUUGUGUAGCUUGUAUUCUUGCCCUCCACCUUCAUUCUUAACCCCUUUCCCCACAAACCUCAACACCGCAACUACAAUGAUGUACAAAUUAAUUAUAAUGAUUCUUCACAGAAAAUAGAAAAACACGCGGCCUGCGCGCCGCGCGCGCUCGUGUUUACUCAAUAGUGAGCCAACAAGAGAUGGCAGAGUCGGAAAUCCCGUCGGAAAAAAAUAGUUUGUGUACAGGAAUGCCAACAAAUCAUCAGACGACAAAACAAGCCUUCAAUCCGUCCCAAAAUGGGGACCGGAUCAAAAUGUAGUGGAGCGUUGAUGCGAGAGAUUUCUAAAAUCUCUCUGAGAGCAGUUUACUUACAGGAGAAUGUAACCUAAUCACUUAAAAUUAACAAAGUAUUUAUCGUCGUUUAUCGUUAUAUUUAUGUCAAUCACAAAAAAAAUGAUAAGAUGAGAAUGAAAUACAAUCCAACUUACCACCAAGCCAGCUAAUAGCAUCAAGUGUGGCCACUUUUGUGUAAUUUAGUGUUGAUACAGGACUAAAAAGUUUGAAGUCAGCUCUAAACUACACUAAGGGCCAACUAAAUGCUAAUAUUAGGUUUGGUGAUUAUUUGGAAAGUUCAGAAAAAGUGUGGAAAAUGAUGAUUUGCUAAUGCCCGGUGACACGUUAAGUGUUUGUGGAAUAAUAUGCUCGUCGAAAUGAAGAAUCAAUAAAUACCUUGCAUGUACGGUUGAACCCAAAACGAGAUUUGAUUAAGAAGUAUUGUAAUAAUGUAUGCAUGCCGCGUUUAUAGGUAGGUUUACACAAUUUACAAACUAAAUAACGGAAGAAAACAAUAUUGGACAAUAUUUCAGCGCUAUGUAUCUGUGUAUCCUAGGAUUUCUUGUUAGAGGUUGUUUUUUAUACAUAAUUUUUAUUAUUAUUAAAAUGGUUGUUAUUCUUA